CUGGGUGACUUGUGGGGCAGAGCCCAGCCCUCGGGUCCCUUCUGCUACUUAUGGGGCAGAGCCCGGUGCUCUCCCCGGCCCUGCCCCACGGAAUCUAUGGGUCCCGCAGCCGCCAUGCCCUCCAGCGCCCGCGCCGGCAGCCUGAGGGACCCCGAGGUGGCCGAGCUCUUCUUCAAGGAGGACCCCGAGAAGCUCUUUGGGGACCUGCGGGAGAUCGGCCACGGCAGCUUCGGCGCCGUCUACUUCGCCCGCGACGUGCGCACUAACGAGGUGGUGGCAAUUAAGAAGAUGUCCUACAGCGGGAAGCAGUCCAACGAGGUGAGGAGGAGGAGGAUAUGUGGGGCAGGGGGGCGUCAAGACCCAUAG